AUGGAAGAUUCCUUCAUUAACAUCACCUCACAGAACAGAAGCUACGAUGACAGCACCACCAUCUACUUUAAUACAGAACAAAAAAUCAUGUACGUGGUGACAUGCAUUAUCAUUUGUAUCGGCCUUCCUUUGACCCUAGUGGCCAUCCAUGGAGUCUGUUCUCUGGUCAGAAACGAUCACGUGGCUCCGAUCUACAUCAUCAACCUUCUGAUUUCUGACCUCAUUCAACUCUGCUGCAUGAUUGUUGAAGUGGUACUACCUGAGGAUUCGAUCAUCACAACAAUCUUCCUUUUUAUUUACAUUUUUGGUCUGAUGGCGAGUGUUGGCUUCAUGGUGUGUAUCGCCAUGGAAAGGUAUUUGUUCAUCGCCUGGCCGCUGUGGUACCGCUUCAGACCAACCAUCAAGACCUCUGUAGUGGUCUGUGUCGUGGUCUGGACCCUUCCUCUUGUGACUUUCCUCUCUAUAGUUUUCUUUGCUGAUUUAGAUGACAUGCUAAUCCCCUUUGCAGUCUUGCUCCUCCUUCCCUUCCCUCUGUUCAUAUUCUUCCUGCAUGGGACCGUUAAAGCCCUGUCUGCAGCCAUUAGUGUCCCUGCUGAUGAAAAACGACGAAUUGUUGCAGUUUUGAUUCUGGUUCUACUUAUUUACACACUGUUGUUCCUGCCCUCCAUCAUUUUGUUCCUUGUUGAAGAAGCCAAAAAUAACAAUACCUUCAAUGGUAUGUGUAACAUUUUUCUAAGGUUGAGUCCUCUUGCAGACGUGUUCCUGUAUGUUUUCAGUAGGAAAGGAGCUGUAGACAAGCUGUUGGCCUCUCUGUGUCGUUGCAGGAUGGACAGCGAUGAUAGAAACAGACCAACAGCAUGAAUGAUGACAACUUAUACACAGUCGCUCCAUGUAGGCAGAGAAAGAGAGAAAAACAGAAGAAGAAAUUUCCUACAAAACUCAGCUCCAUUCAACUUUAUUUGUACAUAUAAUAAGAAAGAAUUUGAUAUCAUUUUAUCUAAUAUUCUUUGUUUUUAUAUUGUUUUAAUACUGUUUUCCUAUUAUUAAAAACAGUUUUCUUUAAAAGGUUACCAAGAAAAUGAAGAUUAGAAAUGGUAAUAAUGUUGUUCAAAUUUGAUUCUUUGAGGAGAGGUUUGAUCAUUGACGUUUUUAAAGCUUCAAGACUGUUUUUGUUUAACUAAAACAUUGUCAGUAGUUUGUAGUUUGUAGUAGUAUGUGUCUUUUUUUUAACCACAGUAAGUUUAUCUUUAAACCACUUCUCCCGCAAAUCAUCCAGCCUCUAUCAGACAGAUUCAAUCUGUAUUGCAUUAUACCACAAGAAAAUGGUUUAUAACCCCAGUAGCUCUG